GAUACUCGUUGCUUGAUGCUUGAAACGAGUGCGGUUUCCUAAGUUUAUUCAGUCUUCGUGCGAGACCCGCUAAGACAAGAUCUUAUAUUGAUAAUGUUCAAUUCUUCCUGUGAAUAAUGCACCACGUGCUCAAGUGAAAAUUUCAUUUUUAACAAUUCAGUGAAACUUUAGUGAUGUAAUUAUUAUUAUUCAUCAAAAAUUGGAUUAAAAAUUAAACCCAUAAAACGGCUAUGCAGAUAUUUCAGGACAUAAUUUUUGGUAUCUUAUUAUUGGUCAGUGUGAAAGCGGCCAUAGUUCCUCCACCUUGGGCAAAUCCAUCUAAUAAUCCUUGUGCAGCACAGCCAAGAGGUUGGCAACUUCUAUUUUGGCCUUUAGAUGGAAAAUGCUAUACGAUAUUUCAGAUUGGAGCACCAUGCCCAAAAACAAUGGAAUUGGGACCAUCUGCUGAAGGUGGAGGUACUAUAGCAGAAUGUAGAUGCCCGCCAGGAACUGCUCAAUCAGCUAGAGAUAAGCUCUGCCAUCCAAUAUUUACUAGAGCUUCCUGUCCAGCAGGUCAAUUUUUCGCUCCAGUACCAGAAACUAACUCAAAAAAAAGAUGGGGCGUGUGCAGAGAACCAGAAUCCUGUCCAGAAAAGGGUAACAUCUAUUGGCCUAGAGAUGAAACUUGUUAUUCAAAACUAACAAGAGGACCAUGUCCAAAAGGAGAGCUUUUGGUAAUUGGUCAAGAUGGCCUAGCUAUCUGUUCAUGUUCUCAGCAAGGAGAAUUAAGUAGAUAUUAUUGGCCCGCCGAAAGGGGAGGUUGUUUUGAACACUAUACUCAAGGGCCAUGCUCUGAAGCAGGAGAAUUAUUUCUACCAGGAGGUCAUUGUGGAUGUCAUUCUAAUCUACCUCACUAUUACGCACCGACAAAAAUGUGUUAUCCAUUGGGUACGAUUGGACCGUGUUUGCCUGGUCAACACUUUGUCGUCAAUCAAAAAAUUGAAACAGAAGUCUACGAUAAACCCCUUCAAGCAACAUGUCACUGCAAACCAGGUCAUGUACCAUAUAAAAAUGGAUUUUGCUACAGAGUGUAUACUCGAGGACCGUGCCAAAGUGGAGAUAUGUUAGUAAAUUCGACAACGUGUGUCCCUGUACCUUGUAGACGUGGAAGACUUUAUUUUCCUCAGGAAAAGACGUGCUAUAAAAUAGGAUCAAGGGGACCAUGUCCAAGUGAGCAAAUUGUACUUUAUGACUACAAUACAAGGCCAUCUAUCGACGGAAUCAGUUAUCGAGGAGUUUGUGGUUGCACCAAUGUUCUUAAGAACACUGGUAAAUGUUCAGAGGAUACAACACUAAACUGUGAGGAUUUUCCCGGUUCAGCACUGCUAAAUAAUACGUGCUACAAACUUUAUACUCAAGGCCCAUGCACUGAGGGUGAAUGGCUUGUCGCUCAAAGAAUUCCAAAAGGUGAUUUUUGGCAGAAGGAUAAGAUUCCUAAAGCGAGAUGUGAAUGUCAACCUGGAUACACGAGAAUCAGUGAAAAUGAAACUACCGACCUGGAGAAAAAUAAUCUCGUCUCUCCAGGUGGUUGUCAACCUCCUGCGGUUAGUCUUGCUAGAUUUUUAAAUGCCCGAGUGAGAUCAAUUGGAUUUUAAUUUAUAGGAACAAGAAUUUAAAAUAGUGGUAGAAUAACAAUAUAAAAUUCUCAUUAAUACUCAAAUAUAGAAGUAGUUUGAAAUGUCGAUAAUUUUAUUUUGAUAUUCCACAACUAUUUUAUAAAAUAAAAUUGUGCCAAAUGUUUAAUCGUUACGAACUGAAUUUGCAUCAGUUGAUGAUAAUUAAUGUGAAUCUUCCAAAAAUAUGAAGAGAAUUUUAAAAAAAAUCUCAAUAUUGAAAUAAAAUUUUUUGAUAUAACUUAAUGCAUUGCAGUAUAGAUAUUUAAAAUUAUACAGAUAAAAAAGCCAAGAAUAAUUGACAAUUGAAUGAAAGUUAAUGUAUGAUUUUAGGAAAUUAACUUUCAGUUCUAAAAAGUAAAUUUUUUUAUUUUGACUGAUUAUGUUUAAAAAACAGUUUUAUUAAAAAACAAAAAAAAAUUAAACAGAGAUUACGCAUACGAUUCUUAAAAUGAAACUUGUUAAAUUAUAUUAAGGCAAAUUGAAAAUAAUAAUUGUAUAUUAUUGUAAAUAGCAUUGGACGCAUUUCACAUUUUUGUGAAAAGAGAUUAAUUUUUACAUUAUAUUA